AUGUCAGAAGCAAAUAGGGAAGAAAUGCUUGCACGCCAUCGAAAGGAGAUUCGAGAGUUAACAGCACGGAUAAUACAGAAGAAGAAAAACGCUACAAAGAAGACGCGUCGGGGGAUUAAUUCGGAAUGCGAGUCUUUGGAGCAUGAAUUGAAAGACCGGCACUCCCGGGAAAUUGCCGCUUUGGGAAAUCCUAACGGUGAAUUUAUAGAGGCUCCAGAAGUUCCGGAAAGCAAACCGCAAGGCCAGGGGAAAGAAGAGGAUACGGAAGAACUAGAGGAAAAAUCAAAUACAAUAACUGAUACCCCAACAAAUACCAUUGCCUCCGAAGGUACUCCACAACAAUCCUCGGUCGGUCCAAAAAAACCUAAUCGCCAAAAAGCCAGACUAGCCCGCCGCGCAGCCGAAGCCGCAGCUUUAAGCGCAGAAGCCGAAGCCGAAGCCAGUGCUCUCCCAAACCCCCGACAAGCCGAGAUGGCAGCGAUGCAAACCCUCCUCAGAAACCUACACCUAGGCGAGAAAGAGAUCGCUCCCGAUGGGCACUGCCUCUACUCUGCGUUUGCAGACCAGCUCCCUAUGCCUUCGGACUACAAAACUACUAGAGAGAAGUGUGCGGAGUACAUGCUCGCGCACAGGGACGAGUUUGAACCCUUCCUUGAGGAGCCAAUCGAGGAGCAUGUCCGGAAGGUCAGAGAGACGGCGGAGUGGGGGGGUCAGGCAGAAGUUUUGGCCCUAGCGAAGGCUUUCGGGGUUGUUGUUAAUAUUGUGCAGGCGGAGGGACGUGGGGUUGAGAAGAUGAACGAAGGGGGAGCGGAGGGGGAGGUCUGGCUGGGGUAUUAUAGGCAUAGUUUUGGACUUGGGGAGCACUACAAUUCUUUGAAGAAGGUUGGGGCUAAAGGGGGAUCUUAA